AUGCCCGACCCAACCGCCCAAACCAUAACCAUAACCCCAGCCUCGGCCACAGCCCUAGCAAAAGCAAUCCUGACCUCCCACGGCGUGCCCGCAGACAGAGCCGACCUCAUCGCCACAGCACUCACCCUGGCCGACCUGCGCGGCGUCGACACGCACGGCAUAAACCGUCUACCGGGGUACAUCGCCCGUCUCCAAGCCGGAGUAGUCGCACUGGACCCAGAGCUAUCAUUCAACACCAAAACGCCGACGAUGGCGCUUCUGGACGCCAAAAACACCUUCGGCUUUGUCGCCGGCAGCAUGGCUAUCGACAAAUGUGUCGAGAUGGCACAGACCUACGGAAUGGGCAUGGUGGCCGUCCGCAACAGCAACCACUACGGCAUGGGGGCUACGUACGUUCUCCGUGCGAUCAAGCAGGGGUUCGCUUGUUUCGCGUACACGAAUGCGAGUCGGGCCAUGCCGCCGUGGGGUGGUGCGGAGGCGCUGCUGGGGACGUCGCCGUUUGCGGUGGGGGUUCCUGGUGGCGCGGAGGGGGACUUUGUCCUGGAUAUGUCGCCUUGUGUUGCGGCGCGGGGCAAGAUGAGGAAGGCUGUGAGACGGGGGGAGUCGAUCCCCGAGGGAUAUGCGCUUGAUGCGCAGGGACGGCCGACGACGGAUCCUGUGGCGGUGAUAGAGGGGGGCGUGGUUUUGCCGAUCGCGGGGCCCAAGGGGAGUGGGCUGGCCAUGAUGAUGGACAUCUUUGCUGGCGUAAUGAGUGGGUCGGCGUUUGCCGGGGGUGUCAAUGAUCAAUAUAAGGAGAUGGAGAAACCGCAGGGGGUUGGGCAUUGGUUUUUGGUGUUUCGGCCGGAUGUGUUUCUGGAUGGUGGGGUGGAGGAGUUUCGGGAGCGUAUGGAUACGUUGCUGAGGACUGUCAGGGGCGUCAAGAAGGCAGAGGGCUUUGAGAGGAUCUAUGUUAGUGGCGAGAUGGAGGCGGAGGUCGAGGAGAAGAGGAGGACGGAGGGCAUUCCUUUCACCAAGGCGGAGGUGGAUGCCUUGCAUUAUUUGGGGUUGCAGGCUGGGGUGCAGAUUAAGAUGGAGGAGGUGAGUAAGUAG